CACCAAAAAAGGGAGCAGGCUGGGCCAUGCUGCUGCAGGCUGUACCUCCCUGCCUGCUGCCGCCUGCUCCAUCAUCCCCCAAAGGCCUGGAGCAGGUGGGAAUGCCUCUGGACUCGCUGGAGUGCUGGGAGAAGGACCAGCAGCAGCAGGGUUGGAAGGUUGUGGCUCCUCCAGCCCCGUUGUCAGCCUCGGCUUCCCUCAUCCAUCCUGGCAGCAGGGAAUCAGACACAGUACAUUCAAAAAGUGGAAAAAUAGAGGCAAAGAAGGGGUUGUGCCCGAAAAGGACGAGGCUGAGAAGAGCUGCCUGGUUCCAAGAGCUCCUGCAACGCUGCCUCUGGGAACGAGCAGGGGGAAUAAAAGCGAAUCCCCCGACCGCAACCGGAGAGUGUGGCGAGCUGAGGUCCUGUGAGACAUGUACGGCUGUCACCCCCUCACACAACACCACCGGCUGCGUCUGGCUGGGCUGUGGGACCCCUGAGGAACCAGAAAUAGGGAGCUGCGUGCAGAGAGGGGCAGCACCACGGGAGACCUGUGCACUCUACAACAGCAGCACCCUGUGCCGAGCUCUGAAGUCCCCCACAGAAGAGCCUCCACAGUCCCACAGCAAGGAGCCAGUGACGCACUCCACAAGGACCACCACCACUAGUGCCCCGCUGACGGGCAGCCCCGAGUUCCACCCGCCCGGCUUCGACACGGCCAGUUUCAUCGGCGGCAUCGUGCUGGUGCUGAGCAUCCAGGCCGUCGUCUUCUUCGUCAUCAAGUUCAUCAAGUCGAAGGACAGCACCUACCAAACGCUAGAGGACAACCAGUAGGUUCUGGGUGCUGGUGGCAAUGGGGAGGGGGUGCCCUCCCUGCAGCCCUGGAGCUUCGCCCUUCCCUCGCACCUCCCCGGGGAGAGGAGAGUGGCGUGGACCCUCUCCCCUGGUUUGCAUGUCGGGUGUUUCCCACCUGGUUUGCUGUUUUCCCGUGAGUUGUUAGUGGUGGAAGGGAAGGGGGUGUCCACCCUCGCCCCCUUUUGCAGGCACAGAGCCCCUUGGGGGGUGCAGCUGAUGUACAGCCCCUUCUGCCACCAAGGCAAGGUGCCUCCAGCACCCCCAGUCCCACCACGUCAGGGUGCAGCCCUCGACAGGACAGGAGCUGCAGGGCUCCCAGUUUGGCCCCAGUUAGCACCCAGCAGCCCCCUCCCCACCCUUAGCAGCCCUUGCCCUGUUGCCUCUCCAAGGCUUAGGGGCUCACUGGGGUGGGGUGGGGGUCCCCUUUUCUCCUGGUGGUCUCUCGUUUCCCUCCAGUGUUUUGGCUGGAGCACCCACCCCCCUGUCCUGACAACCCCCCGCCCCCCAGCCCCCGUGCCCACCAGAGGAGUGGAGCCAGGGCCUCGCUGUGUGCUUUUGCUGUGCCUCUGUGUUGCUCUGGGGGGUGUUUGGGGGGAGUUCCCUCUCCCCCCACCCCCUUUCUGUGUGUUGUUUUGGGGAGGGGGGUGCGUGUCGUGUGCUGUGGGGUGACACUUGUAGCUCGGGCUGCCCCCCAUUAAACUCUGCGAGGUGGUGUCUCUGUCGUGUCCCAGGGUGGGGGGGGUGUAGCUGGGGUGGGGGUGCAGGGGUGCCCCCCAUCCCUGCCCUGCAGGAGUUCCUGGGGCAGUCCAACCCUUCCCUAUGGCGUGGGUGCAGCAGGGUGGGCACUGGGACUCCCCUCCUGCACCCCACUCCCUGGGGGGCCUGCAAAGGGCUGGACCCCCCCAGGGUAAAGCCCUCCAGGCCCCUUCCUGCCACGGCUCUUUGUCCAAUG